CCUCUUCGCGACUGGGAAACUCAGCUGUGUCACUUUUCUCAGAGGUCACACGAGACGAGUUGGACUUGAGGCGGUUCUGGGACUGAGGUUGUAAAGUUACACUGCUGGGAUUGGGUGGACACCCUUCUCUGGUUGGAGCUGGUGGAGAACAUUUUAAUCAUAAUCCGUCGUGUUGAUUUCCAGACUAUGAUGAACGCAACAUCCAACACAAGCAACUCAUCAUGUGUGAUCAUGACCCAGCCAGCAGGUCACCUGCUGAUGUCCAUCUACAUCAUCGCCUUCAUCCUGGGGCUGUUCUUCAACUUGGUCACUAUCGGUCCCAUAAUUCAGCAGAUCUGCAGAAGGAACGUUUUGGGGAUCUACCUACUCAGUUUGUCCUUCUCAGAUCUCCUGUACAUCGUCACCAUGCCUCUGUGGAUAUAUUAUUUCAGCAACAACCACAAAUGGAACCUCGGCCUAGGACUCUGUAGCCUGGCUGGUUUCUUUUACUACUCCAACCUGUACAUCAGCAUCUAUCUCCUCUGUUGGAUCUCCAUCGAUCGCUGCCUGGCCAUCACCUUCCCGCUGCGAGUUCAAGCCUUCCGCCGCCAGCGCUAUGCCUGGAUAAUCUGCGGGCUGGUCUACAUUUUGGUGAUGGCCUUGCACUGUUUGGUGCUGUACCUAGACAAGUUAGCGGAUCCACUGAAUGACAGUGAGCAAACGUGCUACGAGACCUUCCCCAUGACGGAACGCAUUGCGAUGUUCAACCUGAUACGGGUCGGCAUUGGUUUCCUCUUGCCUCUGGUGGUCAUCUCCGUCUGCUACUGGUUGAUCCCAACCAAGGUGCAGCAAAGCAGAGGGGUGGACGAUCAAGGCAAGCGCAAAGUGAGGCUACUGUCAAUGGGGGUCAUUGGCAUUUUCUCCUUCUGCUUUGCACCGUACCACAUCCUCUUGAUGGUAAGAUCCAUCGCCUACUUUUCUGUGGGAGAAAAACAAAGCUGCAACUUUGAACAAGCGAUGUAUUUACCCUUCACUUGCUCCCUCGCUCUAUCUAGCCUGAACAGCGUGGUGGACCCAGUGCUUUAUGUUUUGGCCAGUAACGGAGUAAGGGAGGACAUGCAUUUGUUCUGUAGGAAAAACAAGCAGAGACACGUGGCAGGAAGCCCUCUUGUUGAUUCCAAAUGGAAGACAAGGGUGACCAACUUGUGUUAAAACCAACCUCAGGUCUUGGAAAAUAGACAUUCGCCUGAUAGCGUACACACUGUUUUUAAACCCAUUCAGGAAUUUAGCAAAUCAGUGACCAGCACAAACUUACCCAAAUUGCUUGUGUUGACAGCAUGGGCACAAUGUUGUGGAUGGGUUCAUAUUUUUAAGUUGUGAAGGGUCCAGCAGACUCCACCACUGUGAUCCAGACACCUGAACUUU